AUGCGUCUGUUCCUCCUUCCCAUCUCAACGCGGCGCACCCUUGUCUACUGCGAUCGCGUCGCAACCCAAGUCAACGCCAGCGGAAAACUGUCAUACCACGACCGCAUCGUCAACAAGGCCAAUGAGACGUGGGCAUCCUGGGAAAACUCGCCCAACAAGUACAAGAAGAAGCUCACCGACUACGGCAACGUCAUCUUCAACCGCAUAUCCUACGAGGAAUGGGGUCUCAAGACAUUGCCCUCAUCGACUGCAGACCUCACACCAACCGAAAUCCUCUUUCCCGGCCGCUUUCUGGACCAGAAAAAAGUUCCGGAUAUUCUGAGAAAACUCGCCACCGAGAGACAGGGCUUGCACAAGCAGAGGUUUUGGGGCAGUUUGAUUGGCCUGCCUUUUACCAUUCCUGUUGGACUUCUCCCUGUCAUCCCAAAUAUCCCCGGCCUUUACCUUGGCUUCCGUGCGUGGUCGCAUUUCAAAGCAUUGUACGGCUCUAAAUACCUUGAAGCUCUAAUCAACAGCAAAGAGCCCUUGAUCACCAUGUCUCCAUCGAAAGCCUUGGAUGAUCUUUACGCCGCAGGCUUGAUACAUCCUUCUCGAGAACACUCAAGACAAGCCAGCCUGCCUUCAGAAAACGAAUCUCAACAAGUUGCCGAUCUUAUCACUCGACAGACAAAUAACAAUGCCUCUGACGUUAUGCUCCUCAAGCGAUGGAACGGCAAGUUGCUUGCGGAGCAAUUCAAUCUUCCCGGCAUGGAGCUCGAGAUCGAAAGAGCUGUCGAGCAGGUCCAGAAGAACAUCGAUGCCGAGUCCGCAGCGUUGGACGAGAAGGAGAAGAACAACACGACGAUAGUAAAGCAUACGCUUUCGGACGAGAAAAAGUAA